CCUGUCCUGCGCUCUGCCUGCGUGAGAUCAGACAGGGUUAAGGCCAUCAUCACCUGCAGUCGAAGUGCGACCCAGAUGGGAAGUAGGAAGUGCGGCGCCGAGCUUCCUGUAUAAAUAAACGCUCUGGCUGCUGCGCCCCAAGCUGCUGGCUGGUUCUGCAAGGUUCCUGCCUGUCAAGACAAGGAGGCGGAGAGGGACUCCUCCUCUUCCCUAGCUGUAGGUCUGGGCGUGGAGUCCUGUGGCAAGCCUGCAAAAGUGUAAAGCUGUCAGCCAGGCGGAGCGCGCAGAGAGAGGGGAGAGAAUGAGAGAGCCCCUCCUUCCCGGUUUACCAGCUGUCCCGGCUGGCCCAGGCUGGACCUGCUAGAGAGAAACCAGCAGCCCAAGACCUCAGUCUCAGCCAGGGAUAGAGGAGGCUGAAGACAGGCUAAUGGACUCCAUCGACGGGCUCCAGUGUCUGACCAUGACUGCUGAAAACCCAACUUCCGGAGACCUGACUCCUGUCCCCAUUGUCACUUGCAAGCUCUGCCUGUGUGAACAGCCUCUGGACAAGGUGACCAUGCUCCAAGAAUGCCAGUGCAUCUACUGUACAUCGUGCCUGAAACAGUAUAUGAUGCUGUCCAUCCGAGAAGGAUGUGGGUCUCCCAUCACUUGUCCUGACAUGGUAUGCCUAAACCAUGGGACCCUGCAGGAAACUGAGAUUGCCUGUUUAGUGCCCGUGGCCGAGUAUCAACUGUAUCAGCGGUUAAAGUUUGAACGAGAGGUUCACAUGGACCCCCUCCGAACAUGGUGUCCUGUUGCAGACUGCCAGACAGUGUGCCAUAUUGCAGCAGGAGACCCAGGGAAGCCCAUGAUGGUGGAAUGCCCUUCUUGCCACCUGCAAUUCUGCUCAUGUUGCAAGGAUCCUUGGCAUGGGGAGGCUUCCUGUAGAGAGCAGCCAAUUGUGCCAGAACAUGGGACCCUCUUUGGGACGGAUGCAGACGCCCCCAUUAAGCAAUGCCCAGUGUGCCGGAUUUACAUUGAGCGUAAUGAAGGCUGCGCUCAGAUGAUGUGUAAGAACUGCAAACACACGUUCUGUUGGUACUGCCUGCAGAACCUGGAUAAUGACAUAUUCCUUAGGCAUUAUGACAAAGGACCAUGCAGGAAUAAGCUUGGCCACUCGAGAGCAUCAGUAAUGUGGAACCGAACACAGGUGGUAGGGAUACUUGUGGGAUUAGGCGUCAUCGCCUUGGUGACUUCACCCCUGCUACUCCUGGCCUCUCCAUGUAUAAUCUGCUGUGUCUGCAAGUCCUGUCGAGGCAAGAAGAAAAAGCAUGAUCCAUCCACAACUUAAAGUGACCUGCACAGACAUCUGGGUUACAUGAGACAGUGCAGUGAUAAAGCCCCACUUAGCGACCUUGCCUCCUUCUCCUUGCCAAACUUUGGAAGUGCCUCUGUGUCCAGACUCUGAACUUGCCUGAUAACAUUCGGUGUUGAAAAAGGCCAAGUCCUGCGUGCGAGUGUUCCUGUGUAUCGAGAAGCAACUCAUAACCCAGGCUGUGUCUGUGGAGCAGUCUGGGAGCUUUGCUAUUGCCUGGGAGACUCUUAACACAUCGCCAUCUUGCCAUCCAAAGGAUCCCACCAGGCUUCUCAUCUUCCAUUCAAACCUAAGGAGCCUGGAUGAACAUUCAGUGUACUAAUGGCAUUGCCGUUACUGAGCAAAAGUCUGUGUUGAUUCCACUGCCGUGAGACACAUGGCAGAAACCCAGAGUCAGAGGGGAAGGAUAAGACUGCAUAAUAAGAAAUUCUAUGAGCAAUAGAACUGGCCACUUAUCUCAGGAGUCGAUGCCCUGGCUGGCAUGCCUGUGCCGGCUACUGUGAGCACAUCUUCAGUGUUCCCACAGUGACUUGGCAGAAACAUAAUAGCUCUCUCCCUGUGUGAUCUCAUCUUCAGGCAGGAGAAACUGCUGUUCAGAGGGAGUUGUCCCUUCCCAGGAAAAGGUUGUAACAUGUAAAACAACAUGGCCUAAUUUACUGUCUGUUGUUUGGCAGAUACUAUUCUUCUUAGGUAACAACAGUUCACUGCUCAUGGCCUGCAGCUGUAGCCUAUAAAAGUGUUUUAUAUGGGCUGGGAGCGGGAAAGCGUCAAAGCCUUUGUCAUAGGCAGCAGGGUCCUUUCUUGGGCUCUGUGGUCAUAUCCCCAACAGAUUAGGAGUUGGACCAGAAAGUGUACAUCAACAGUACACAUUAUAGUCCAUCCAUCAAUCCAUUGAUCCAUCCAUCCAUCCAUAUAGAAUCCAUGUGACUCCCCCUAAGCAUGCAUGGAGGUGUCCAACAGAUGCCACAAAGUAAGAUUAGCUAAAAUAAAAUACCUUAUUCCUUUCUAUAACUAAAUGAUUUAUCUGUCUGCAGAAACUUUUUUUUUUUUUUUUGCUUAGAACACAUGUGAAUUUUUACUGUUAAGUUCAUAACUUACCCAGGAGGGUAGACUCAAAAACAAAUCUUUUAAAACAACACCUAGUGCAAUUUUAUAUUGUCUGUAAAGUGAUAAUCAGGUUAUUUACAUACUUUCAGACACAAUUUAGAGCAGCUCUUUGCUCAGCCUAAUUUAGUAUCGUUCUCCUGGGAGCUGUUCAGACAAUCUGAGUGCUUUCUGUGUCCUCAAGAAACUGAUAAAAUGACAAGAAGAAAUCAAAUGGAAGUAUGUCAUGUGUCUUCAGUAGUUGGAUUUGUGUCAUCUCAGUGUGGCUCAUCCUGACCAUCAGUCAGCAAACAGAGUUUGAAAAGACGGACAUGUUUUCUCCAGGGAGAGGAUUAUACAGUUGCCAUUAGCAAUGCAGCCCGGUGCUAAGACCAGUGUGUGUUCCGUGUUAACGGAGACUUCUGAAGGCAGGGAGAUUAUUCAGGGCCUAUUCCUUUUUCCACGGUAAUGUGGUUACUAGAUUGUUAAACUGCUGCUAUCCUGGAUCUAUUAUCAAAGACUGAUGCCUUGCCUCUGCAGUGGAAUGUAUCCUAAGUGGGGAAUGUAUAUAUUCAAGGACCUUUAAUUCACACACAUGUAUUAAUAUCUAAUAUAUGUAUAGUAUAUUCAUUGGCCGUCUACUUUUUUAUUCACAAGUUUGUGUAAAACAUAGAACUCGGGAAAACUUCUGAAUGGCAACCAGCCCAAAUAAUUUUAAUCAUUUAUUAGAAAUGUCUUCAUAUACAUUGGCUCUGUUUUCCAUUGAAUGUCUAAGCCCUUCAGAAAGAACAAACAGCAACAACAAAAAAACUCUCUUCUGAAAGGAUAUUUCAUAUGAGUCUAAACAUAAAUGUACAUCUCUCUGAGUGGCUAGCUUGCACAGACAUAGUCAGCUGCCUCCCUUGAGGUGACAGGCUUUUGUUAUAGCUCAGGAGAUUACAGGAACUCAACUGCCUGAAAUUGGAUUUUUAUAGCAAGAAUGUCAGCAGCAACAACACUAGCCACCAUUAGCAAAUUCUCCGAGCUUGCUCU